UUUAUAUAUUUUUUAUCAUUGUUAUGGUGGUGGUUAUUUUAAAGCUGUGAUAUACGUUGAUUUAAUAUUCAGUAUUGACACGUAUCCGUAUUAUUAUUAGUACUGUCAUUACUACUUCAUCUUGGCUGCUGCUGCAGCUGCUGCUGUGGGAUUAGCGCCGUGCAGGACUGCGUCCAUCUCCUCCAGCUGUCGUUUUUUUUUUUUUUUUUUUUUGGGUGGGCCUUUGAUUCCCGUGUGAUGAGUUUCCCGGAGCAUCUGGAGAUCAAUUAUCCAUCCGUGUGGUGAGCCGGUGGUUGGGCACAUAGAUCAUAGCUGGCUCUGUCUGUGUGUUUACAUGUGUGUGUAAUGCAUUCCGCGAAAGGCAUUGCAUGCAGAUUUAGAGAUUGGGGUAAUUUGCUAGGAACCUGCACCAUUUCAAAGACAUGGGACUUCAGGAGGAGGGGUUCAAUAGCUUUAAUUUGCUCGGAUUCAUUGACGAGCGGUUAAAGAGAGGAUGUAAUCUAUUUAAUCUGAUACUGCUUUUAUGUUUCUUUAGCAAAAAAAUACAGGGUACCUUAAUGCAUUUUACCUUCAUACAUGAUUGUAAAACCAAUGUUUAGUUCAUUUAGAUAUAUUUUUUUAAACAGUUUAUUUGAAGCGUCUAUGGUUCCUCCACACAGUCCUCAAAAAAAGGCAGAGAUGUGUUGGAGAGGGCGUAAUACAUCCAUGAUCCACUGGAAUCCUGAAUCCUGGCAGCUGAUUGGCUGCAGGCUGCAGCCUCUUGUUGGGAUGGACCUGUUGGAUAAAAGGACCAUUUUCUAAACGACUGUGUGGAACGCUGAGGAUCAUGUACGGAGAGCCCUCCUGUGAGACGACAUAACAAGAAAUAUAUUUUUAAAGGGCCAUCCAAAGCACCAUGACGGGGAAACAGGGCGCAGUGCUGCCGGAAAGUUUAAAUCUCUCGGAGAAAACCUCACUGGGAGCAAAUGGAGGGAGCAACAGCCACCAGUCGAAAAGCAGCAUCAACCACCCACCGACCAGGUGCACCGGGUUCGGCAUCCAGGAGAUCUUGGGGCUGAAUAAAGAACCACCCACCACCCCGAGGAGCCCGCUGAUCUCGCUGCCCGCCGGCGCGCACCUGAUCGCCGCCAGGUCGAUGCUUGGCCCCGCCGCAGUCGGUGUGGGUGUCGGGAUGGGAUUAAUUGGGCCCGGUGGAAUUCCAUCGUUUUACAGCCAACCCGCUUUCCUGGAGACGGUGCUGUCAGACGGACAGGACGUCCACCAGCAGCACUACAGCAGGAGCGUGAGGCCGCUGGACCCCAGCCAGUCUGCCAGCUCAGACUCCGAGGAUUUAUCUUCAAAUGAUCGAAAACACACAAAGUCGUCUAUAAAUCAGAACAAGAAACGCAAGAAAAGACGCCACCGAACCAUAUUCACCUCGUAUCAACUGGAGGAGCUGGAAAAGGCCUUCAACGAAGCGCACUACCCAGAUGUUUAUGCCAGAGAGAUGCUGGCCAUGAAAACAGAGCUGCCUGAAGACAGAAUACAGGUAUGGUUUCAGAACCGCAGAGCCAAGUGGAGGAAGCGGGAGAAAUGUUGGGGCCGCAGCACAGUGAUGGCUGAAUAUGGACUGUAUGGAGCCAUGGUGAGGCAUUCCAUCCCUUUGCCAGAAUCCAUCCUCAAGUCUGCCAAGGAUGGCAUCAUGGAGUCCUGUGCUCCCUGGCUGCUAGUCCAAGAUGGCUUACCAGUGAGCAGACGUUAUUCUAAAUCUGAAUACCCGCAACUCUUUACAGGGAUGCACAAAAAGUCCAUAGAGGGAGCAGCUCCCCCACCGACAGGAAAGUGUGAUGCCCAGCAGCAGCCGAAUGCUCAGAGGCCAGAGGAUGCUGAAGUGGAGGAAAAAAGGUCAGAGGACAAGCCUGUCAUUUCUAAAGAGGAACUGAGAGAGAACAGCAUUGCUGCACUCAGGGCCAAGGCUCAGCAGCACAGUGCUAAAGUGCUGGGGACCAUUACUCAUGACAGACUGUUGGAGGGGAAACAGGAGAUCCAGGUGGCUGAAGAAAGGGCCAGUGAUCCCACCAGUCCAGAAGAGGAGCAGAGAAGUCCCUAGAACCAAUUCAGAACCUGGAGACUGGUUUUGUAAAAAAGUGACUGCAGUGGAUUAGCUACUUUUAGUUUAAAUCUGGAUUAACUGACUUGGAUUUCUGUCCUUCACUUACUUUUGCAAACUGGCCCUCAUCUGGACUUCUAUAACCCGAAAAAUCAACUUGUUGAUUGCUCCCAAGAAGAUGCUAAUGCACUUUUGUUUCUGAUGUAUUUUCGAACUUACUCCUGAUUCUUCAAAAUACUAGAGGAUUUGACAGAGCAGCAGCAAUAGACAAUAAUGUAUAUAGACCUUAAAGUUACAAACAUCCAGAUGAACAAAAGCUUCUCAAGUGCAUGUAAAAGUACAUUAAUUGCAUCCAGUGACCUAUAUUUUACCUCCUGUCUUUUAUUCUGACUGUGCUUAUACAAUUAUUAAUUUGAAGCAUUUUAGAGGACUCAUCCCAUCAGCAGUAAGAGAAAGUUGUUGUCCUAUAUCAUGCUGUUUAUAACUGAUAUAUAAAUCUUUAAAAUAUCUUUCAUGUAGUCUUUAAAUGUCAGUGUUUUUCCAUUUCAUUAUGUAUAAGUCAAAAUUCAAAACAUAAAAUAGAAAUGACUUUAUUAAA